GUCAAUUCAUGUUUCCCAAAACAGUUUGGUAUAAGAUUAUGAUGCAAAUUAAGAUACUAUCUGCCGAACUGUUUGGUGUCGCAAUCAGUCGGAUAUUCUACUGCGGACCCAAACGGUUCGGUACCUGCACUAAACAGAAUGAUUAUGCUAUAUUUCAGAAUAUAAGACACCAAUUUCAUUUCUGGGCUUACAUCUCCAUUACCCUCCACUUCUUUCCGGCCCUAAGAUUUUUUCAAGGAAAUUCGCUGCCUAGAUGGCCCCAGCACAGAAGCUUGAUCCACCUUUUGACUUGCCUGUGCGCAAGUCGAGCAUCAUACCCGGGACGAUCUUCCCCUCCACUCCAGUGCACAAAGAUACAGGAAAAUGUGAAUUCAUCAAGCAUGGCUCACCAUAUGACCAGCGUGAUCGACUGUUCGUUGGUUUAAGUCGCUCAUGGAGGGGCAUUGAUGCCAUUGAGUUCAAAGAUGGGUCGCUGGUUGGAUACAUCAGCCAUUGCAAUACUGAAGGGAAAGAUAUCCCUGUUUAUCACCUGUCCCAAGUUUCCCACCCUAGCUUAUUGAUUGCCAGGGAAAUAUUUGUUGCUAGAGGCAAUGUUUACUUUUGUUAUGGACAUUGGGGAAUCACAUUGAAUGAGAUUGAACAGCUUUGGCCAGUAUAUCAGCUCAGUGAAGUGGAGGUGGCAUUGGUUUGCAAAGCAACCCUUGAAGGCCUCAGAUAUCUCCACGAAGACCUGGACAUUUGCUAUGGUGGCUUGACAGGUGAAAAUGUCCUAAUCACUGAAGGGGGCGAUGUGAGGAUUACCAGUAUUGGCGAGUCUCUCCUCAAGAAGCCUAAGAGUAACAUACAUAGCAAGGCCAAAGACAUUCAGGCUGUCUGCAAUGCAGCCUGGAGACUGCUUCGGCUUGAACGACUGGUUAGAGUACGUGGCACGAUCGGCCUGCUUGCUGAUGACCUCGCUGGUGCACCACCUACAGCAACUGCUGAUGACCUCCUUCAGCAUCCAUUUCUACAAACCAGCGCGGUGUCAUGGUGCCUUCGUCCUGUUUAUACACUUUGUACAAUCGCCCAAGGUAGCAAGCAAGAUACAGAGAUCAUCUAGGGAGGUCGGGUUGAAUCUUGGGGUGCAGCUCAAAGCAGUCAAGCCAGAUAGUAAAUGAACCACCUG